AUGCAUACAAAUCACGCUGCUUUGAGAUAUCUGAUGGCGAAGAAGGAUGCUAAACCGAGGUUGUUGCGUUGGAUGUUGUUGUUACAGAAGUUCGAUCUCGAGAUCAAAGACAAGAAAGGAGUUGAAAACGGUGUUGCGGAUCAUCUGAGCAGGAUGAGAGUAGAGGAUCUAGUGCCGAUAGACGACUCGAUGCCUGAAGAACAGUUGAUAUCGAUCAAAGUUCUCGAAGCAGUCGACUCUACCAAGGUUGAGCUCGAUCGAGUCUAUUCACUGAGCGACGAGAAAUAUCCUUGGAAAUGCAUUGCAGAGGAGGAAGUCAGCGGAGUUCUAGAGCACUGCCACAUAUCUACCUACGGUGGUCACUAUGCUGUGUUUAAAACAGCGCAGAAGAUUCUCGAAUCUGGGCUCUGGUGGCAGAAUCUAUUCAAGGAUGCACACAGCGUCAUCUCCAAGUGCGAUCCUUGUCAGAGAAUGGGCAAUAUAUCUAGGAGAAACGAGAUGCCACAGAACCCAAUUUUAGAGAUCGAGGUCUUCGACGUCUGGGGGAUCGAUUUCAUGGGACCAUUCGACCCGUCAUCUCACCGGAACCGGAACAUUCUGGUGGCGGUGGAUUACGUAUCUAAAUGGGUUGAAGCGAUUGCAUGCCCCGCCAACGAUCACAAACCAGUGCUCAAGCUGUUCAAAUCCAUUAUCUUUCCUAGAUAUGGAAUCCCGAGAGUUGUGAUUAGCAAUGGGGGGAGCCACUUCAUCAACAAGAUCUUUUCAGCGCUUCUAAAGAAGUAUGGAGUAAAGCAUAAGGUUGCAACACCCUAUCACCCCCAGACAUCUGGAAAAGUCGAGGUCUCUAACAAACAGAUCAAGGCGAUUUUGCACAAAGUUGUAAACAGUUCAACAAGAGACUGGGCGAUCAAGCUCGACGACUCACUUUGGGCGUAUAGGACAGCUUACAAGACACCUAUUGGGAGGACACCAUUUCAGUUGUUGUACGGAAAGUCGUGCCACCUCCCUGUUGAAGUGGAGUACAGAGCCCUCUGG